GCGAGUGGCAACCUCUACGAGGCUGCCCGAGCGGCGGCUGAGGCCCUUAGCAGCGAGGAGCCGGCGAUUCGCCAGGGAGCUCAGCGGAUCCUGGUGAAUCUCGCCGGGGAGGGGCCCACGCAGAGAUACGCAGCUGCAGCUUUUGCGGUGAGUGGCCUGAAGAGUGAGAAUCCCGACGUGCUGGCCGAUGCUGCAGACACCUUUGUGCGUCUGGGUGCAGAAGGGGAUCCCGAUGUGCUGGAAUCGGCCACUGAGCAGCACCCGAGGCUGCCAGCGAGAUGUCAAGUUUCGGGCACCUUGAGCGAUGUAUGGCGAGUGCAGGUGGUGAAAUGA